AUGUCUGACGCUACCUUCCACACCACCAAGGAGCAACUCCGCAAAGAAGAAUCCAAGGUUUCCAAGAGCCAUGGUGGCGUUGUCCCUGCCGACUCUGAUGUUUCCAUCAUGAAGUCCAUCAUCGACGAAAACACGAACAAGCCUCAGCAGAUUGACGAAGCCAAGUCCAACCUGCCUCUGCCUGAGCAGCCCCCAGUUGCCAGUGACUGGCAAUCCGCCGAUCAGCGUACCGUGAACGUCGGUUCUGGCGGUGUCUCAGGUCCUAUUUCUCACGACCCUAACAGCGGUCUGGAGGGUUCAACAACUGCUCAGAGCAGUGCUCGUGUUGACGGGGCCACAUUGCACCAGCAGACUGCCCCUGUUAAUGCUGGUCGCCAGGCUGUUGAAGGCCUUGACCACUUGCCUUCCGACGCCCGUUCUCGCAAAUGA